ACCAAAAUUUUCAAGCUGAGUUCACAAAAAGGAGGACAAUUUCCAGAAAGUUGUCAACAGCUUAAUGCUACCCCAGGCAUGGACAUUUUAAGUGUAGUCUGUAUUUUUUUCUACUUGGGAAAAAGUUGGGCACAAGAGCAAACGUAUGUUGUCUCAGCACCUAAAGUAUUCUAUGUUGGAGCCUCUGAAAAUGUAGUAAUUCAAGUUCAUGGAUACACGGACUCAUUUGCUGUGACCAUUGCUAUUAAAAGUUAUCCCGAUAAAAGUUUUACAUAUUCUUCUGGCCAAGUUAAUUUGUCUCCAGAAAAUAAAUUCCAAAGCUCUGUAAACUUAACUAUACAACCAAAAGAUUUAUCUGGAGGACCAAAUGCAGUUUCAUAUGUAUAUUUAGAAGUUGUAUGUGAUCAUUUUUCAAAAGCAACAAAAAUUCCACUCCGCUAUGACAAUGGAUUUAUCGUCAUUCAGACAGACAAAUCUGUUUACAAUUCAGAUGAGUCAGUAAAAGUUAGAAUUUAUUCAUUGGACGAAGAGUUAAAGCCAUCACAAAGAGAAGUUACCAUAACUUUUAUAGAUCCAACAGGGUCAGAAGUUGCCAUGGUAGGAGAAAAAAAUUAUACUGGAAUUAUCACUUUUCCUGACUUCAAGAUUCCAGUUAAUCCUAAAUACGGUUCAUGGACAAUUAAAGCUAAAUACAAAGAGGACUUCACAACAACAGCAGUUGCAAUGUUUGAAGUUAAAAGCCAUGAUUUACAUUCAGUGAAACCACACUUCUUUAUCUUAGUAGAACCAGAAAAUUACUUCAUUAGCCAUAAAAAUUUUGAGGACUUCAAGAUUACUAUAAAAGCUAGAUAUUCUUAUAGUAAGAAUGUAACAGAGGCUAAAGUUUCUGUCUUUUUUGGGAUAAGAGAAGAUUUACAUGGGAGUGGAAAAGAAAUGAUGCAUGAAGCAACACAGAAGACAGAGCUGAUUGAUGGAGUUGCACAAAUUAAUUUUAAUACUUCAAGGGCAAUUAAGAAACUGUCAUAUAAAAGUCUAGAAGAUUUAAAUAACAAGUAUCUUAAUAUUUUUGUGGAAGUACAAGAAAGUACAGGUGCAUUCUUCCAAGAAACCAAAGUGACUGAUAUCAAAUACGUCCUCUUACCUUACACACUGGAUUUGGUUGCUACUCCUCUUUUCCUGAAGCCUGGAAUUCAAUACUGCAUCAAGGUACAGGUGAAGGAUGCCUCUACCCAUUUCGUAGGAGGGAUUGCGGUAAUCUUGAAAGCGAAAACAGUUGGUAAAACUCAGGAGAAGAGAGAACUGGAUCCAAUAAAAAGCACAACAAAUUACAAUGAUGGAGUAGCUUCAUUUGUGGUUAACAUUCCCUCUGAUGUGACAACGCUGGAGUUUAAUGUCAGAACUGAUGAUCCAGACAUUCCAGAAGAAUAUCAGGCCAGCAAUGACUAUCAAGCUGUGGCCUACUCAUCACAUAGCCAAAGUUUCCUUUCCCUUAGCUGGACAGACAGUCACAAGAGUUUGCUUGUGGGAGAACAUCUGAGCAUAACUAUUACCCCUAAAAGUCCAUAUGUUGACAAGAUUACACACUACAAUUACUUGAUUUCAUCUAAGGGCAAAAUCAUACACUUUGGCACAGAGAAGAAACUCCCAGGUUCAUCUUACCAGCUUUUAAACUUUUCUGUGACUCAGCACAUGGUUCCUACAGCCCGUCUCCUGGUAUAUUACAUUGUCACAGGACAGCAGAUAACAGAAUUAGUAUCUGACUCAGUCUGUCUAAAUAUUGAAGAAAAAUGUAGCAACCAGCUUCAGAUCUAUCUGUCUCCAAAUAAAGAUAUAUAUUCUCCAGGCGAAACUGUAUCUCUCACUAUGGAAACUCAGUCAGAAUCGUGGGUAGCGUUAUCAUCAGUGAGCCGUGCUAUAAAUAGCAUCCAAGAAAGAAGCAAAAAUAACAUGGAAAGAAUACUGCAAUCUUUUGAUAAAAGUGGCCAGGACUGUGGAGGAAGUGGUGGCAGGAAUAAUGCUGAAGUGUUUGACUUAGCAGGACUCACUGUCCUCACCAAUGCAAAUGGAGAUGACUCCCAACAAGAUGGUGGAUUGUUGGAGAAAAUUCCCAGAUCAAGAAGAGAAUUAAAAGAGAAAAUAGAAAGUCUAGCAUCCACGUUCAAACACCCAUUGAUCCAGAAGUGCUGUUACGACGGAGCCUUUAAAAGCGAGGAGAGCUGUGAGCAGAGAGCUGCAAAGAUUACCCUUGGCCCACGUUGUUCCAGAGCUUUCUCUCAGUGCUGUGAGCUGGCAAAUCAACUGCGGGAGGAGUCGUCUUACAUCCAUGUAAUGAUUGGAAGGGAUGAUGCACCAAGCAGGUACCCGAUAAUGUUUGAAAGAAGCACUUUUUCAGAAAACAGGUUAUGGGAAGUACAUCAUGUCUCUAAAAGGCAUCAGAUAGAGUUGACGCUACCUGAUUCUCUAACUACCUGGGAAAUUCAAGGUGUUGGCAUCUCAAAUCAAGGUCUGUGUGUUGCUGAUGUGCUGCAGCUCCAGGUGCACAAAGACAGUUUCCUGGUCGGAGACAACAAUGUGGCAAUCGUCAAUUAAGAGGGACAGUUUUUCACACUAAAGUUCCUAACCCUCAUCCUACAAACAAUGGCUGGAGUUCCAGCAGCCAACAUGGACCAUGAGGUAACACUGAAGAUGGAAGCUAGUUGAUAGCAUGGUGGAACAAAAAAAUAACGGCCCCUGCCUCUGAGGACAUAUGGAAAUGCCAUUGCAGCCUUGGACUUCUUUUAUGUGAGAAAGAAAUAAACAUAUAUCUCAUUUGGGCAA